UCAUGCCAUAGUUAGUUUAGCAUCACCUGCUUCAUUUCAUUUUCUGUAAAAUAUGGAAUCGAAAACAUCAGCAAAAAACCAACCCUGUGUAGAAACAGGAAAGAGUCAACCAUCUCAGAUCCCAAGGGCUCUUAGUUUAAUCAGAAAAGGUAUGGCUUUUAUGCAGCAUCGCUGUAGCCCUAAAAGCAACCAAGGGAAGCAACACAGCUGUAACUUGGUAAGGUCUGUCUGUCCAAAGAAGUGGGAGCAAAACCAGGAUAACAAACCAUCUAGCAGCCCAAAUUUUGGCAAGCAAGAUAACAAACCUUCUAAAUCAACCAGGACACCAAAAGCAGUGAAACCUGUCAGCAACAACAAAAAACUUAUCUUCAGACCAUCACCAUAUUCAUAUUCUACUAAAAAGCCAACGCAACAGUCGCGGAUUCCUGUAAGGAGAUGUCAAUCUGUCACCCCAUUAGCUGAAAGAAUAACUUUGCUUGAGUCAGAGGAAAUGGAACUAGAGGAACGGCUGCGAAUCGUCCGAAAUCGGCUAGAAAAUUUGAGGGUGCUGAGAACCAACCAGGUUUUUAUUGAUAGAAUGAAUCAAGCAAGUAACCAGAAAAUGUCGAAGAUUGAAGAAGAGCCCUUGGGCUCACCAUCAGUUGCUUACUUAAGACCUUUAAGACCUCGGGCUUACUCGGUCAACGACUAUAUCCAAAGCGGACCUUGAUUUUCUUCUCACUUUGCUGAUUUCUGUUCAGUAUAACCAAUGCUGCCAUGUUUUACUUGAAGAUAUGUGUACAGUAGCUUCAUUCCACACAGAGCUUUUAUCUAUAUUACGUUCACAUUGAGAUUUUUUAUCGUAAUACAUUUUAUGGUACUUGUGA